UUAGAUGCUGCCUAACCGACACACCCUCUAUCAUUUUGCGGAAGCAGCUCAAAGGGGAAUUACGUUUUUAUAUAACCGUCUGGGCUACACAAGACAACUUCGAGAAGCAAUUAAGAAACUUGUCGCAGCAGUCUAUAUAACCAUCAAAAUCAGAAAUGAUGGAUGCACCCAAAGUAUACUGUAAUACUACAGAACCAGUACCAUCGAAGAAGUGGCUAACAGAUGAUCAUGUGGACAAAAAAAGGCUUGUGAUUAAAAUUCUAGAAGUGCUCCUGUCAUUCAUUGCAUUUAUAUGUGAAGAGGUGGUCAACAAUUGCUCUGACUGUGGACCACUCUACUUCUUUGAAUUCGUCAGCUGCACAGCCUUCCUUUUUACCAUUUUACUGCUGAUCCUGCUUAAAACCACAUUGUUCAAGUCAGUCGGAAUUAACCACCUCCCAUACGUGGAUUUUAUCUUUACUCUUGGAAUAGCAGUUUUCUUCCUGAUUGCAUCUUGUGUAUUUGCUGCCCACAAUUAUGGAACCACUCUGGAGAGCACUGCUAUUGUCUUCGGAUUUUUGGCAACUAUUGCAUUUUUGAUCGAUGUUGUCCUAAUUUAUAAGGACAAAGGAUUUCCAUGGAGCCCAAAGAACCAUGUGCCUACCCCCAACCCUGAAAAUAAAGAAUCAGAUGAGCAAGAGAAAUUGAAUGCCAAUGGGAAUACAGCAAAUAAUGUUUAGGCAAGUUAGGGAUUCAUUUUCAGUGGAGAAGAUAUGCUUUUUUGCCCUUUUUUAUUUUUUAUCUCCAACACUACUGAUUGAAGUAGAUACCUGCAUUACAGCAGGAAAGAUACAGCUGUAUCAUCUAAUUAUGUAAUGGUUUUUUUCAAGCAGGCAAUGUCCUGGAGUAAAAUGGCUGAGGUGGAUCAACACAACCAAUGAGAUAAAAAGUUUCUGUAUCCCAUUCCUUUAUUGUUAUUUUUGUUUAAAAUAUAGAUCAGGGGUGACCAAAGUUGGCCCUUCCACUCCUGGUCUUUGUCCCAACCCUGUGCUAAAUUGUUUAAUUGAACCAAUUAAACCUCCAUCCAGACCCUGAAGUAGUUAAUUGUAUCAUUUUACCUGUUAAACAUGGAGUGAUGCACUAAAACUAUUAAAAAACAAAUUGACUUUUAAAAUUGUCCUUUUGUAAAAAUGUACAUUUUAUAACUACUGUAUUAGAAAAUGAUAAAAGUGUCUCGUUCUGUGCAACAAGAAAUAAACUAUGAGCAUUAUUGGUCAGAAUUCCAGACAUCACCACUAUCCUGUUCUCUUUUAUGACUUGUACAAGAUCAUUUGUUGGUGUUUGUAAACUACUUACAACAUUAUUCACAAUAUUCAAGAAUUCUAGUGCAUAAAAGAUGAGAAAAACCCUUAGUGAUGAUAUUUAAAAAUUAUUAGGAAGCAUUUAUAAAAGCUGUAUAAUUAUUUUUGUUUUUAUACUUGUGAGUAUCAUGUCUUAUGUGUGCAGUCUUCUCUUUCUUUUAUGAGGGACCUCUUAUAUUUUUAUGCUGUAUACAUUUCUAUUUAGGGGUACAGUACAUUUAUUUAGAAUGGUUUCAUGAAACAUAGUUAUGUAUUUUAUAUCAUUGUGAAUGAUUAGGGCUUGAAGUUUGGGGUUUUUAUUUUUGAUCACAUGACGUCCCUUUAACCCUUUCCGGUCCAAUGUCGGACCCUGCCCGACAUCAUCAAAAAGACGCAAAAAACAGGUCUCUAGUCGUUUUUUCUCCGGAAAAAGCUGAGAAAACCAUUCAAUGGCUGACUGAGACCGAUAGGAGCCGAGAGAAGCCGAAAAAAAAGGGCGUAUCUCAUGAAUACUGAUAGUCCCGACACCCACAUAGAUAACACAGACAUAAACAAACAAGAUAGCUGCUUCCGCAACCAGCGCUCAAAGAACCACAGACAUUUGCAGAGCUUUUUUUAGAUGUUAUAGUAAUAAAAUAACGACUUGGAUCGCAUUAUUGAGGAGUUUGGUGAUAAAACGAGUGAUCAAGAGAUGAUUUAUCGGUAUGUAUUAUUAUUAAGAGGUAUUUGAAAAAUAUAGCGAACAAGGGGUGGGGCAGGGCUGGAGAUGCAGUACUGAGUGUGCUGUUGAUAUGCAGUGCCUUUUAAACCUGUUUUACUGUGAAAAAAAAUACUUUUAAACAGCGUGUCUAAAAUAAACUGCGCGUGUGAAAAUAAAUUGGACCUGACGCGCUGAAUAAAUGGACCACUAAGGGUUAAACUUAUUUUGAGCCAAUUCCGUUUCCUAAUUAAACGUUAAUUGCUCAUCACUGAUCCUAAUUGCAUUUCAUUCUUGCACUUGCCUAGUUUAACAUUGUGCUUUUGUUAUUUUCACUUGUUUACAGAGUUGUCCUGAAAGAUUUUCUUUUAACCAUAAAAUACCCAGUACGGAGUGUACACUGAUGUCAAGUCCAGCAUUUAAAAUCUACUUGAUUUGUAGCAAAGAAAAAAAAAAAUAUUAAACCCAGUCUUUAAUUAGUAGUUUUCACUUUAUUAGGAUGCAGGGGCGUCUUAACAAUGACUAAUUAACAUUUAAAGCGAGGAAAACAAAAAACGAAAAGUUCAAGCCCUAGGUAAAAACAAUAUUAUAGUUUAACUGUAUUAUAUUAAGUUCAACUUAUUGUUUAACUGUAUUGUUUAUGAAGAUCUAUCAGAAUGCAAAAGAUCAUACAGUUAAAUCGACAUGUACAAGAAUACACAGUGUUUUGUACCAUUCCUGUUGUGCCUUUCAUGAUUAAAUAAAUUAAUCAAAACUUAUUUUAAAAAAAAGUAAUUUUAAUGAAUUUAGCUUUCAAUGUUUUUUGUACAUGAAUAUCCCACCAAUUUUGCCUUUUUGUAACGUUCUUGUAUUAACCAUUAGGUAAACACAGUAGAUAAAAUCUGUUCGGUAACUGUCGUAUUGGGUAUUAAUGUCUUUUAAAUGAAUCAUUGUGUAAUGUCGUGUUUAUGUUUUUUAGAGUUAGAGUAUUUUUGAUCUUCUUUAACUUUUGUCUUCAAACUGCUAAUUGUAUUAAAGAGUAACUAUGAGA